AUGGUCAACACGCUCCUGGCAGAGCCCCGCACGAGGCGGAGCCGUCCCGUCCGCACCCCGAGCGCUCCCAGAGUCGCCUCGCCUUCCCUCCCCCCCACCCCUGUCGGGAUGGCUGCUGGUACGAGACUGCUUCACCUGCGCUGGAUCCUCGCCUUCUCUCUGGCAGGACGCACACUGUUAUUUAUCUCCUGUUUUUACGGCGCGGCGGUUUCGGCGCUGGAGGUGCUGGAGGGCGGGUCCGCGAGCCUGUCCUGCCGCUACUCGGUGAAGCGCUACGGGCUGAGCCGCGUGUGCUGGGGCCGCAGCUGCGGCACGCUCUGGUGCGGCGACAUCGUCGCGCAGACCGACGGCGAAGGCGUCGUCUCCAAGGUGUCGGACAGGUACCGCGUGGUGGGCGACGUGCUCGCGGGACAGGUGGACCUGGUCAUCCCCAGGGUCAAGCAGGCGGACAAGGGGCCGUACUGCUGCAGAGUGGACAUCGACGGAUACUUCAACGACAAGAAGGUUUCCUACACCCUGAGGGUUGUGAAAGCUCCUGUGGUGACGACAGUGCCCGUGCCCAAAUGCGCCACCAGCCCCCAGACACCUGCCGUCACAGAAAGUGUGUGGGAGGAGGAGCAAUCAAAUGUCGACACUUCCAAGCUCAACUCCAGCCUGUCCAAGUCUGGAACUGUUGAGGAGAAGCCCAUCCCCAGCCUGUCCCUCCAGGUGAACAUCCCAGUGCUGUCCGUCUCCCUCUGCCUGCUUCUGGUGCUGCUGCUGGGCUCUCUGGCUGUCCUGGGGUUUAAACGGAAGAUCCACAGAAGGUUCUUGAAGAGGGGAAGCCUGUCAACAGUGGAGCCUCGACAUAUCAUCUAUGAAAUCCAGACGAGGAGGCCCGUGGUGGAGAAUAUCUACACCCUGGACUAGGGCUGCAUGGACCACCCCUGCUGAAGAUUCCAGCUAAGACCAGCUGGGAUUCUAAGCCAGUUUAAGGUAGUUUAAACUGAGUUUUUGACACUUCUAACUGGUCAUAGCAGGUCUGUAGCUGGUCAAAGCUUGUUAAACUGGUGGCAUAAGUGGGUGGUCAGACUGGUGGACAAGCUGACUAUAUACUGUAGGCUGAUCAGCUGGUGAACAGGUGGUUGACCAGCUGAAAAUGUAAAAAAAGAAGAAAAAAAAAACCCUUAUAAAAUAAGAAAUCUUAAGUCAGCUUGACCAGUUUAGGCUGGUCUAAACUGAAAUUCUCAGCAGGGACAGUGGCGAUCAGAGCUGGAGAUGACCAGGCCUUCCACGCCAUUCGCACGAUCACCCCCCUGGGGCAGUGUGUACGCGCUGUGGAUAUGCCUGACUGCUGGGAGCCAACCACAAAAGUAAAAAAGAUGACAUGCAGGAUAAUAACUGGUCCAAAUAUUACCUAAAUAACAGAGAUGUGGAUUUUAUUUUCAUAGCUAUACACAGUAUAUUGAAUGUGUGUUUAUAUCCUCAAGCCUUUGGAUUACAAUUAAAAUAUUUCUAACAGCAAAAUAUCUUUGCUAGGGUGUCGCUUUAGGGUUAGUUAUGCAGUUUU